UUAGGAAUUUUCUGUCAUAAUUAAAAAUUAAAGAAGUGAAAAACAUAGACAAAAUCUUAUACACACAGAAAAAAUACAAAAAAAAAGUAAAAAACAAGGAAAAAGAUAAAAAAAAAUACAGACAUAGGGAUUAACACACAAAACAAUUGGUCAGGUGGUGGAGGGGGACACGAAAAUAUAAUGCCCUCUGAUUAUGAUCUGGAGAGAAUUAAAGAGCAAAUUCUCCUGGCCAACAUACAGGAAUUGUUAAGGAAAAUUUCACAACGCUGCUUUGAUGAGUGUGUCCAAUUGCCUGAUGUGGAAUUACGUGGCACCGAACGCGAUUGUCUAACGAAUUGUAUGGAUCGAUUUAUGGACUCGCUGCAAUUGGUCUCCCGGCAAUAUUUCCGUCGACGAAGUCGUCAACAUCGAAGUCGAAAAAAUCCCGAAAAAUAUAAAAGCGAAAAGCAGCAGCAGCAGCAGCAACAACAACAACAACAACAGCAACACAACGCAAAAAAGGCAGUAUGAAAUUAAUUGUAUAUUCACAUAAAUAACCGAGCAAUUGUGUUUGUCGUCGUGACACAUUGCUCAGUUUCAUUUUUUUUUUCUUUUUCACUGUAUUUACGAGCAGACUGUAUAUUGUAGUAAUAGACCCUAAACACAUAUGUACAAACAUUGAUC